CAUCCAUGUGGCAUCGUUGUGCUGUUGUUGUUGUUAUUAAUCAGCGAAGCAACAAAAGUCGAAAUUAGGAAACAUGUCCGAGCUAAAUACGGAGCUACAGAAACUCAGGGAACUGGAGUUCAAGACGAAGGGUCUUGCCGCCAGAAUAGAAACUGCCAAAAAUGGGGAGCAGCUCGACGUCGACCUGGUGCAGCUCCAAAUCGAAAAUAAGAAGCUCAAGAACCGCCUGUUUAUCCUGAAGAAGUCCAUUGCCGAGGAAUCAAAAGCCGGCGGAGCGAAGCCGAAAGAUUCCUCUUCCAUCACCGAGCAUUUGGAGAGUGUGUUUGGCCAGGCAAUUGCAACAGCCUUUCCGGAGUUCAAGGACACGCCCGUCAUCAUUGCGCCGGUGAAUAGCACAUCCGCCAAGUUCGGCGACUAUCAGUGCAACAAUGCCAUGGGCUUGGCCAAGAAACUGAAGGAGAAGGGCAUUAGCAAAGCGCCACGUGAUAUUGCCAACGAGCUCAAAGGACACUGCCCUGCAUCGCCCAUCAUAGAGAAGCUGGAGAUUGCCGGCGCUGGUUUCGUGAAUGUUUUCCUGAGCAAAGAUUUUGCCGCCACAGCCUUGAGCGAACUCUUGCGUAAUGGCGUUAAGCCGCCAAAAGUGACCAAGAAGCGCGUAUUGGUGGAUUUCUCAUCGCCCAACAUUGCCAAGCAGAUGCACGUGGGUCACCUGCGGUCCACCAUCAUUGGCGAAUCGGUGUGCCGCCUGUUGGAGUUCCUGGAGCACGAUGUGCAGCGCAUCAAUCAUCUGGGCGACUGGGGCACGCAGUUCGGCAUGCUGAUUGCCCACCUGGAAGAUCGGUUUCCCAACUACCUCAACGAAAGUCCGCCCAUCAGCGAUCUGCAGCAGUUCUACAAGGAGUCCAAGAAGCGAUUCGACGAGGACGAGGACUUCAAGAAGCGCGCCUACAGUCGAGUGGUCUCCCUGCAGAAGGGUGAAGCGAACUCCAUCAAGGCCUGGGAACUUAUUUGCAAUGUGUCGCGAAAGGAGUUCAAAACCAUUUACGAGCGCUUAGAUAUUACCAUCGAGGAUCGUGGCGAGUCCUUUUACCAGUCCCGCAUGCUGUCGGUGGUCGAGUUCUUGCGCGGCAAGGGUUUGCUGGAGGAGGACGAGGGUCGUGAGAUCAUGUGGCCCGACGACACGAAGACCGGCAUACCACUAACCAUCGUGAAAUCAGAUGGCGGCUUCACGUAUGACACCUCUGACAUGGCGGCGGUGCGUCACCGCACGCAGGAGGAAUUCGUCGAUUGGAUCAUCUAUGUGGUGGACUCUGGACAAAGCACACACUUCAACACAAUUUUCAAAGCCGCCGAACGUUGUGGCAUAUUGAAUCCGAGUACCCAUCGCGUGGAUCAUGUCCAGUUUGGCGUCGUUCUGGGCGAGGAUGGCAAGAAAUUCAAAACUCGGUCGGGUGAUACGGUCAAGCUGGCCGAUUUGCUCGACGAGGGAAUGAAGCGUUCGCUGCAGCAACUGGAGAGUCGCGGACGCGACCAGGUCCUCACUCCGCAAGAGUUGAAGGACGCCCAGGAGUCCCUGGCCUACGGAUGCAUAAAGUACUCUGAUCUGUGCCACAACCGCAUCAGCGACUACAUAUUUUCAUUUGACAAGAUGCUCGAGGACCGCGGCAAUACUGCGGUGUACCUACUCUACACCUAUACUCGCAUUUGCUCCAUUGCCCGCAACUCUGGCGAAGACUUCUCCAAUCUGCCUGAAAUACUGAAGAAGGUCAAGAUCGAAUUGGCCCACGAAAAGGAGUGGAAGCUGGCCAAGACCCUUCUGAAGCUGCACGACAUCCUGAUCAAGUGCUCGAGGGAACUCUUCCUGCACUUCCUGUGCGAGUUCUGCUACGAGGUGUGCACAGUGUUCACCGAGUUCUAUGACUCUUGUUAUUGUAUCGAGAAGAACAAAGCUGGCGAAAUCAUUGCCGUCAAUCACAGCCGCAUUCUGCUGUGCGAGGCAACUGCAGCUGUGCUGCGCCAAUGCUUCUAUAUACUAGGCCUGAAACCAGUUUCGAAAAUGUAAAAACGCGACGUCCUACAUCAAAUGUACACGAAUAAAAUUUGGUAAUUUUGAUACAGAAAA